AAGUGAGGCAGGAGUGGAGGACGGGACCAAUGGCGCGGUGCCAAUAACGAGCAUCAGUGGAAGGGCGGGACGAAACUGUUCGCGGGAGGGAGGGGAAGGCCCAGGGAACCAAGCAGCGCUGCCGCCACCGCCGCUGCAACCGGAGUUGGAGGAGGGAGAAGCCAGGGAGAAAAUGGCGGCCGUGGCUGCAGAGGCGGCAGCGACUGCAGCGUCCCCCGGGGAGGGGGGCGCCGGCGAGGCCGAGCCGGAGAUGGAGCCCAUCCCCGGCAGCGAGGCCGGUACUGACACCCUCCCGGUCACGGCCACUGAAGCAUCCGUGCCGGACGGCGAGGCCGACGGGCAGCCGUCCGCUCCUCAGGCCGACGAGCCGCCGCUCUCGCCGUCGCGGGAGCUUGCUCGCAGCCCGGAGGCGGCGGGGCCGAAGCUGGAGGCUGAGGAGAAGCUGCUCGCAGUGGUGGAGCCGGCGGCAGCACACAUUACCAGAAGAACACAGCUUGCCCUAGUGACAGAUCUUGCAAGAAAGUUUGGGCCCCACGGGAUCCCUGUGACAGUAUUUCCCAAAAGGGAAUAUAAGGAUAAACCGGAAGCCAUGCAGCUCCAAAGUAAUACAUUCCAAGAAGGGACGGAAGUCAAGUGUGAAGUGAAUGGUGCUGUUCCCGACGACCCUUCUCCUGUCCCGCCACCUGAGCCGAGCUUGGCUGAAAACCUGUGGACUUCCAAACCACCACCACUCUUCCAUGAAGGAGCACCUUACCCUCCCCCUUUGUUUAUCAGGGACACAUAUAACCAAUCGAUACCUCAGCCACCUCCUCGGAAAAUUAAGCGACCCAAACGAAAAAUGUACAGGGAAGAAUCUACUUCAAUAAUGAAUGCUAUUAAACUACGACCCAGGCAAGUCCUGUGUGACAAAUGUAAAAACAGUGUUGUUGCUGAAAAAAAAGAAAUUAGAAAAGGUAGUAGUGCAAGUGACUCUUCUAAAUAUGAAGAUAGGAAACGGAGAAAUGAAAGCGUAACUACUGUGAACAAAAAACUGAAAGCUGACCAUAAAGUGGAUGGGAAAAACCAAAAUGAAAGCCAGAAAAGAAAUGCUGUGGUUAAGGUUUCAAAUAUUGCUCACAGCAGAGGUAGAGUAGUCAAAGUUCCUGCUCAGGCGAAUACAUCAAAAGCUCAGUUAAGUACUAAAAAAGUGCUCCAGAGUAAGAACAUGGAUCAUGCAAAAGCUCGGGAAGUGUUGAAAAUCGCCAAAGAAAAGGCACAAAAGAAGCAAAGUGAAACCUCUGCAUCCAGAAAUGCACAUUCAAAAGUCCAUUUCACACGUCGAUAUCAGAAUCCUAGCUCAGGUUCCCUUCCACCCCGGGUUCGUUUAAAACCACAAAGGUACAGGAAUGAAGAAAAUGACUCUUCUCUGAAGACGGGACUUGAGAAAAUGCGGAGUGGCAAGCUGGCACCCAAGCCCCAGUCGCGUUGCACCUCUACCCGCUCAGCAGGUCUCAACAAAUGGCAGCUAUUACAUCAGACAGUGACGAAUCCUGCUGCUCCCUUACAGUGUCUGACAGACCACUGUGGAUUCAGACUGGGAGCAUUGACGUUAACAGUGAGACGGGCAGCACAAAGACAUUAGCAGGCUGCUGGUUUCGUGGACCUGUACCACAGUGACACAGAGAACACCAGAGCACCAGGAUUGAAUGAAAUUGGAGACUCAGAUUUUUAAAGCUGCACUAAGAAGUAAAUGUUCAGGCAGUGGUUAAAACCAACAGUCUCUAAAGGGCACCUGUAAAUUGUGCUGUAGUAAACAGAAGAAAAGGUAUUAGGGGAAUGUUUUCUAAAACAAACUAAACUAUUGCAAUAAAUUAUGCAUGAGAUGAGGAGAAAAGUGAUGUGAAAUACGCACACAAGAACUCAUUUUAUGUGCGAAGACAGUUCUUUUGAUUGUGAAGUUCUUUUCAGGAGUUUGGACAGACCUAAAAGGCAUGGGAUGAUGGCAGAAAUGUUGAAUUAUCUUUCAUACUAAAACUUUGUUCUUUCUCCAAGGUUUAUGUUACUCAGUUCAGAUAUGAGCAAAGGUAUUUCUAAAAUGACUCGCCUGUGAAACCAGUGGUCACAUGUGCUGAGGCCAGUGUUUCCCUUCAGGGUGCCCCUGGAAACGACAGGAAAGAUUUAACAUCAUCCUAAAAGGAUGGUAAGGUACCCCCACCCCACUCACCCUGAAAAUUUGGACCUUUCUUUCAUAAAGCAGGGCUGUAUUACCUUAAUACAUAUUAAGAUGUAUUUAUUUGCCACCAGUAUUUUAACAUUUUGUGCACAUUUUCAUAACCCCAUUCUUAACUUUUAAAUUAUGAGUCAGAGUAGAUAGGCUAGUGUUGAUCUCAGAGUGAUGUAUAUUCUGAGAUCUAGUUCUGAAAUCUACUGAGCUGAAAAGGCAUUUACUCUUCCUAUCGUUAUUAAUUUUAUUUAGAUCCCAAAAGGUGAAAAAUCUGAAUUCUGAUGUGGCGCUCUCCCCCCAGAGAGCUCCUCUUUCUGUGUAAGUGCAAGAAAUUCUUACAGGUGUCAGGUGGGGCUUGUGCCUGGGGAACUGGCAGCAGAAACAGACCCAUAAAAGAUGGUGUCAGGCUUUUCAUGAAUUCUUACCUUUGGAAAAUACGUAUUAUAAAAAGAACCCUUAAUUUUUCUUUUUUAAUGAGCAGAGAUAACCAGAUUGACCUGUUAGUGCUACAUUUUUAAGGUAUUUUAUAUUUGAUGGUGCCGUACUUUUAAUAAUAAAUACUGAAGUUUUUUAGUGGCAAUACCAAUUUAUUUUUUAAACCUGAAAGAUAAUCCUUAUUGAUUACUUAAUACAAAAAAAAAAAAAAGCCAAAAAACAAUUCAUUUGAAGCAACAUAACUGAGCAUUUGGCUUAAGUGUUCAAACUUUCCAUAAUCUUACUGUAUAGGUUUGGAAUUACUUAACUCCACACUCAGGAUUAAUAAAAGGUUCUGGGGGGAGUUUUAGAACAUUUAAUAUACCUGACUAAGGACUUGUUUCACAACUCAAAGAAGAAAA